AGUAACUUCCCCCAAACUUUGCGGGUCCGUUCUCUCCUGGCAACUCCUCCCCUGAAGGAUCUUUUAGCUGCUGCUUCUUUUUAACCCUUUGGCUGCCUUUUGCCUCUGCGGGAGUUUCAAGCGUUGAAAAGAGGUGCUUGGGAAAUCGGAUACCAAGGAUGGCUCCAGAGAAGCUCCACGUUCAUAUUCCCGGCCAGGUUUUCAGAAGAGGCGCCGGCAAAGGCGAUCCGUUCCCGGCUGGAGGGCCAGCCCUUCCCCUGCCCCGCUUCUCCGCCCCCUCUCCAUUCUUUGAUUCAUCCGGCGACUAACCCCCGGAUCCAAGACGCGAUAGAUCUUCUAUUUUUUGUUUUGUGUUGUUUUCCCCCUCCCCAGCUUCAUCGGCACCUUAUCUUUAGCUGUGACUUGAGAUGCUGGUGAGACCGCCCUACUGGACUUGCUCUUGCUGGCUAGGAGUUUGUUUCUGGCUUCUGACAGGCGAAGGAGGAUGUGUUAGCGCUCAGCUCUGCAGAAGCCCCCUGUGCAGCAGGAACAGCAACAAUGAGCAUCCGCCCAGCAAACAGCAGUGCCAGGGGCCUCACUGCUCAGGCAGGGUUGGGCAUACAUCCCGUGCCUUUCUUCACCCCGCCAGCCCUGUGCAAGGGCAGACACAGAGCAAGCAGCCGCCACCACCUCUCUUUUCCCUCCAGCAAGAGCAGAGGCAGCGGCAGCAGCAACCCUUUGUGGGUGGAAGACUUGAACACAGCUCUCUGUCCACAAGGCACACAGCAGAGAGUUGCUUUGGAGGAGGAGGAGGAGGAGACUGUGCCAUUAGGGCUCCCAAUGGUACCCUACGGAACUGCAAAGGCAUCGAGUGUCGGUUGCCCCCACGUCUUCGCCAGAAGCCGAGGCUAGCUAUCCAGGCUGUCCCUUGCCCCCCAAACCAGGAGGGAAGCUGUCCCGAGCCCUCUCUGGUCAGAGAAACUGAGAGGGCAGCCCAGUUUGUUGGAGAAGAUCUUGCCUACACAGCUUCUGAACUUGGGAGUGCCACUCUGGGCGUCCAGCUGACUUGCGAUGUUAAGCCAGGGGAAAAUGAAGUCCCAUCUGAAGAUGCCCUUGUACUCCAGCUUCAGCUCAUGAAAGGACAAGAGAAGUUUGUUGAAGCUCUCAAAAGCCAGCAGACCUUAAUCAUGGAUUUACAGCAAAAGUUGGCAGAGCAACAGAAUACGUUGGUUACCCAGCAGCGAGAAAUUAUUGAGCAACAGAGGAAAAUGUAUGAGCAGAUGGAUCUGAUAAAAGUCCAGUAUGGCAUGCUUUUUGACACUGUGAAGCAGAUGUCAUUGAAGGGUUUGCAAGAGGAUCUCCAGCACUAUUUUGAAGGCAAUCUACAAGGCCUUCGGAACCAACUCAGGAGCCACCUUCACAAGUCCUACUCUGGCCAUAAAAUUGAGUUUGAUGCCAAAGUGAUUGGGGAGCCUCUGAUGGGCUGUGGCCUUUGUGAAAGUGGUGAAUUUUGCAAUUUCCAGAAGACACCCUCUCGGUGUGAAAGAUGCACUUUGUGCCCUGCCGGCUUUUUCCAGCUGUCUGAAUGUUCUGCAAAUGCCGAUCGGAUCUGCCAGGAUAGAGAUGAAUGCGUUGAGUCACCAAGCAUCUGUGGGGAAAGAAUAAAAUGCCUAAACACUCCAGGAGGUUUCCGAUGCCUGGGUGUUGCUGAAAAAGAGGCUGCAUUGGGAUUGUGUGGAGAGGAAUAUUUCUUCAACAAAGAGGUGCUGGAGUGCCAAGCUUGCCUGACGUGUGAAGACGGGGUAGUUGCUUUCCCCUGUACUCUUGUUAGUGAUACCAUUUGUUCAACUGCCAGUGAAAACAAGCUUUCGGAGUCAUGGGCGGCGCACCUUGUUUUCCCUUUGGCAACGUCUAGCGCUUCUCAAGUUUAUCCAGGCUUUGACUUGACGAUAAAGGGAGAAGAGAAGUGCAAUAUAGUGACGGUGGAGGGCAACAGGGUGCUGUUCAAACAGCACGGCUUAAUGUGGGCUGACUUCAAUUUUGCGGUGAAACACAACUGUAGGAAUUUCCUCCACCUUUCUUUGAAAUUCAACAACAGUGAAGAAGACUACGAGUUGAGCGGAGUUCGUGUUGAACAGCCAGAAGGCAAAAUUUUGCAGAGCGUAACUCUGAGUAGCGCUACGGAGGUAGAACCAGGCCAUGUUCUUUCUGUUUUUUUGAAAAGCCCUAAUCAAUUCUGCAACCAAAGCAAAGACUUAAACGUUUAUGACCUCCAUGCACCUCUCAGUUUGUUUUGGUUGUCCCAUGACACCGGGGCAGUGGCGAUGACAGCCCAAACAUCAACUGCUGUGCACUACCAAACUAACUAUCGGCCAGCCUUUAAAUUGGUUUCUCUUUCCGACCCUUACAUGCUGGCUUUGUCCCACGAUGGCAGAGCCAUCAGGUUUACUGAAACGGGUGUUGUGAAGUUUGUUUUCCACCAAGCAUUAUACUCCAUGGGUCAUACCUGCAUUCGCGAAGGGUUUUCCCUGGCGUCUUACCUCAACAGAAAUGGCACCAAUACAGAACUAAUGACUGUGCAUAAGUCUGGUGUCAAUUACAGAGACACAACAAUAUCUGCCUCUGGGGCCACCAGAGUUGAAGCUGGGGAUCUGCUCAGCUUUGAAAUCCUGUCCCCAGCACAAUGCAGUGUUCGUUAUUUUGGAGACAGUUCUGGGAUUAGCAUGCUUAGCCUCAUCUGGAUCCCAUCCGCGGUUUCCACCGAACUUUCAGCCUUGGUCUCCAUAAGGGGGCUGCCAACAGGUGCUGUUAGAAACAGAUUAUUGGAUUUUACUCAGGUCUCACCAAGUGAAGAACAAAUCCAUCUCAUUUCUGCUGGACAAUAUGCUCACAAAUAUUUUGUAUUCAACGAAAGGGGAGUUGCUAGUGUUGCAUUUACCUUAAAGUUGAUUCAUUCCUGUAAUAUGCUCCAAGUGACUCUGAAUCAGCUUAUCAGUGAUCGUGGACAACCUAAAGCAGUUGCACAGCAGGUUGGUGGUCAAAUGCCAGAAGGAGCCAUUUGGACCAGUGUUAGCCUGCGUUCUUCUUUCAAAGUUCAUAAUGGUACGAUGAUUUCUAUUUCUCUCAACUGUGUACGUGGUAGGGUCAACCACAUUGCUCAUGAACGUGGAACUAGCUUAUCCAUCUUAUGGAUUUCUUCAUAGCUAUCCUGGAACAAAACAAAAUGUAACCAAAGAAACAGAGGAAAUGAGUAAAGAUGAUAUCUAGCAUCCAUUAGUAUUUUACUUUUCUCACUUUGCAUUGGAGUGGUGCAGAAAUUACCACCGAGAAAACAGACAAAGCUGAACAAAAGGGUAUGAUGGUUAUAUAAAAUGGAAGUUGACAUAUUCAUGACUAAUUGCCCUAAGAUGGAGUCAACUCAUUGAUUUUCAGUAGGAUUUUGUUCUCUAAUGGUGAUGUUGGCACUGAGGAUGAUGGGAGUUCUGAUCCAACACACCUGGCAGACAUGAGGUCAGGGUUGACUGGUCUGGUUUUUCAAGGAGAAUAGAGUUUUCACUUUUUACGAGAGGACAAUAUUCUAGAUGUCAGUCCUGACAAAAGAUUCAAAGCAUACUUUUGGAUUUAAAAAAUAGAUUCAAGAAAGAAAAAAAGGAACCUUUUAAGAUCCUGGUAGUUUUAAGCUGAGUCUGCUUGUCAAGGCCAGUAUGAAUGGUGGGAGGACAACUUGUUCAGGUCUGAAGAGGUUGCCAUGGAAAACCUUUGCCUGGAGGUCUGGUAAUAAUGACCUUCAACCCCAAAAGGACAGAGUAGUAAUGAAAAUAUUUGUUCAUGGAUAUUUGUACUUCCAAAAGCAAAAGUUAGAAGUCUAAUCCUAUUAAAACAAACUGGUAUUCAGUGGUAGACCCAACCAUUAAAAACAUCAAAGGAACUUUAAAGUACUUAACCAAAAUCGUGCCUUAUAAUUUCAGUACAUACAGUAUUGCAUCAACCUCACUUCUGUAAUUCCUUCAAAAUACUAUAUAUUUAUCACCUUUGUAAAGAAUAUUUAUUGGGAAAAGAUAGCCUCAUAAGGUGAGGUUCAAACAAUUGUGUGCAAAGUUUCUAAGCUCCCACCUGACCCCCUGAAAUAAUUCCUCUUUAAAAGCAGAUUAUAUGAAACAGAAGUUUUCCUGUUUUUUCCAGAAGAGAUUUAGUUUAUAUAAUCAGUUGCUAUUUUAUAAAAGGCUAAAUAUUAAUCUUCAAUGUGUUCUAAACAUCUGUUAUUUUUCAACAGAAAUUGUCUGGAGAUAUUUCAUUCUAUCAAAUUCUGUGUAUUUUCAAAUGUGUACAGAGAUGGGAAAGAAAGUAAGACUCUAGGGCUAAAUUCA